CUAAAUUGGCAUUAUAUUUUGUUUCAUGACAUUAUUUUUAAUCCACCCCUUUCCUACCAUGUUGUGAUGCGGUGCAAUGGUUGUAGAAUAAUGGCGACAGAGCUCAAAGGAAGAAAGACCUUGUAUCUGCCCGGCUUCUAGUUGGAUUUAUAGGGACAAACGACGGUUACUGAAAGUCUUACUAGUUUCUCUUGUGAAGCUUUGGGACAGCAAGUAUGUUGAAGCACAGAACAGGCACCUUUACUAGGGUGAAGGCAACCCUACAACAGGAACAAUUCUGUAACUACAUCCACCGUAGCUGCCUGCAGCCUCGAGCAGAGGGUUCAGAGUACUGCAUCAGACACGUGUUGGAGGACAAGGCAGGGCCAUAUCGUCAGUGUAACUACGUUUCAGGGAAGUCUGGAAAACGGUGCUCCAACGCAGCGCCCAAAGCAGGCAACAGGGACGGUUACUGCAGCGAGCAUGCUGCUCGGGCGGCCAUGUGGCGUCAGCGGGCUAACCGAAGAAAGCGACCAGUAGACAACUCAGGCCCCUUGUUGGAGCACCUCCUUCACUACAGCCCCGAGCUGGAGAAAAGUCUGGGCAGGGCCUUACCACAGGCUAAUGUCAUCUCCUCAUCCAACCAACCAAGCAGGGUAUUAGAUUAUGACUACUCCAGUGAGAGUGACCAGGAGCCCAUCCAGGUAGACCAGGCCUGGAGGGGGGAUGGAGACAGUGAUGCAGAGAGCAUAGACAGUGAACAGGAGGACCCUCUGAAGCAUGCAGGGGUAUACACAGCAGAGGAGGUUGCCCUCAUCACCCGAGAGAAACUCAUCAGGUUGCAGUCCCUGUACAUCGACCAGUUCAAGAGGUUGCAGCACCUGCUGAAGGAAAAGAGACGCAAGUACCUCACCGCCAAGAAAAUGGAGCAGGACAUUCUCGGCUCUGUCAUUCCUUCCACGGACGAAGAUUUGGAUAGUUCUGACAAGGAGAAGCUACGCACUCUCCACGCCACCAAACGGUAUCGUAAACGCCACGGCGCCGAGGCCCUUCUCCAGAGCAGAUCCAACGAGAGGAGAAUCGCUGCGUCAGAGAGCCAUCUUGUCACCAAACCUACCCCUCCCCCGCGGUGCAACAUCAUCAUAGACGGGGAGAGAUGCAGUCACAACGUGGUGCCCAUGUCCAGAUUCUGUCUCCAACACAUCCUCCACGACCCUCACCAGGUGCUGUUCCAGCACUGCUCCCACUCCACAGGAGGGAUCGAGAUCUGUGACAAGCCGGUUGCCAUGGGAAUGGACCGUACCACCUGUGUUCUACACUCACCCCUCCCUCCGCAAAGGUUCAAAAUUCCAGAGAAAGAGGAAGAAAUGAUAGUGGAGGAGGUGAAGCCAGAUGUUAUGCAAAUCGACGUGGAAGAAGAUGACAACAAGCCAGUGGAGGUCACCGCUGUAGAGGGCAAGGGUCAAACUCAGAACCUGCCAGAAACUGCUAAAGGUGGUGCAGAGAGGGCCAAGGAAGAAUCCUUGGGGAACCAGGAAACAACAGGCCUGGCAGAUGAAACACCAGCUACCUCAGACCAACCUACCACUCAGGCUUCUCAACCAGAUUCCAUGGAGACAAAUGGCGAAACGUCCAACGUAGCAUCAUCGUAAAUAUGGAGAAAAUUAUGGCAAAUUCAGAAUU